AACAGGAAGCAAUGGUGACCACUAGCCUCUGCAGGCCUUGCUUGAGUCCGGCAACCUGAGUCACCCUGGGCCAGCGAUGCUUGGAAAAGCACAAGCCGUUCUCCGGGGACCAUUCCUAAGCGAGAGACAGCGCCGUUCUGACACAUGCCAGUGCCGCCUCCACCGCCACCUCCGCCGCCCCUGGGGGCUCCCCCACCGCCGCCAUCGGCACCCCCGGUAAGUCCAGGUGCCCCCAGCCUAAAGAAGGCCGACCCCAAAGAUCGGAGCGCACUGUUGGCGGACAUCCAGCAAGGAACUCGCCUGCGAAAAGUCACACAGAUCAACGACCGCAGCGCCCCGCAGAUUGAGAGUUCCAAAGGGCCCAGCAGAGAAGGAGGUGGCCCUGCGCAUGCCCCAAACACCCGAGGGGGGAGCACACCCCCGGCCCUGGGGGACCUGUUUGCUGGUGGCUUUCCUGCACUGCGACCCGCAGGCCAGAGAGACGCCGCAGGUGGCAAGACAGGGCAGGGUCCUGGCUCCAGAGCGCCUUCUCGGCUUCCUGUCAAAGCUGCCAGCGGCCCGCUGAAUCCGCCUGCGUCUCCCAGGCUAGGCAGUGCCCCUGAGGGCCAUGGCGCCACCAGAACAGCCCCUCCUCGACCCAGCGUGCCCGCCCCACCUCCCCCCACCCCACCCCCACCACCUCCCCCCUUGCCUCCAUCCCUGCCCACUGCCUCACCCACCGUCAGGGCGUCUCUGGUGUCCCCAUCAGCCCCCCCCACUAAAGGGAACCCCCCCGUGGCUGCACCCCCGCUCCCCAAGGCACCACCACCACCACCUCCACCCCCACCACCUCCCCCUACCUCUGCCCCACCCCCUCCGGCCUCCGUUCCCAGCGACAAGGCGGUGAGGCCUCAGCUAGCCCCCUUGCACCUGCCGCCCCUCCCUCCGCCCCUCCCUCUCCUGCCGCCUUGCGGGUACCCCGGGCUCAGCGCAGAGGCUGCCAGCCCUGCCCAAGACAUGCACGUGCCCCCCCCGCCGCCCCUGUAUGCCUCGGUCGCCCCCAGGCCCGCUGCACCUGCGCCGCCUUUGCCAGGCGCUAACAGCGAAGCUCCACCCCCGCUGCCCCCCAAGUCCCCCAGUUUCCAGGGCCAGCCAUCGAAGGCCACUGUGCCGCCGACACCACCUGGACCGCAGGUGUUUGUGCAGAAGAAGCGGCCUGGUCGGGGCCCAGGCACCAGUGGGGGGAAGCUGAAUCCACCCCCAGCACCCCCGGCAAGAUCACCCACCACAGAACUUUCGAGCAAGAGCCAGCAGGCCCCUGCCUGGACCCCAGCCCAGCAACCCGGAGGCCAACUGAGGAACGGAAGCCUGAACAUCAUGGAUGACUUUGAGUCUAAAUUCACAUUCCAUUCUGUGGAAGACUUCCCUCCUCCGGAUGAAUAUAGAGCAUGCCAGAAGACUUACCCCAGCAAGACCCCCAGAAGCCGCACACCUGGUUCCUGGCUCCAGGCCGAGGCUACGGGGCCCAGCUCUGAUGACAUCAAAGGCAGAAAUUCUCAGAUAUCUCUGAAGACACUCCGGUGAGGAGAGAGAUGAAGCCAAGAUCCUGUGGGCCAGCCACCUGGGGUCCCCAACCCCAGGCUGGACGUCGCCCCGAGUGUCUGACCCACCAUCCUCCGGCUGUGACUCAGCUGAGGGAGGAGCACUUACCCACUGUAAAUAUGUGGUUUGCACAGGCUGUCCAUCAGCGCCGUAGCUGGCUUUUAUUUCUACAAAGGCAACGGUCCCUUUUGUAAAGCACACCCUGGCACUCAGUGGCAGUCGGCACGGAAGAGCCCUGUCCCCACCUCCUCGGGUCCGUGCUCCGGCUAUAGAGGUGCGGGCAGGCCGGCCCACCCGCGAACCUGCACUGUUGUCAGAAGAGCCCUUCGCUGCAGGUUGUCCCUGAGUUUCCUGGCCUCAGCAGCUUCCUCUUAGCAUGACUUUUCUAUCCUGACAGCACUAACUUCAGAAACCAAACCAAAUAAUGCCUUAUAGUGAUGUAAGCUCAGAGAGCAGCGUACCCCACGCCCCGAAUAGGUCACACGCCUCCCGCCUGUGUUGCAGUACAGAGAGCUCCUCUUUCUGCCUGUAAAUAGAACGCAAAACUCAGAGUGAGAGUGGGCUUGGCGCCCCCACCCCACCGCCCCUUUGCAGGUCACAGGGCCCUUGACUGCCGAGUGGCCCGGCAUGGAGCCAGCGCUACUGUCUGCACGGCCCCGUGCCACGUCUCCGGGACUUUGCCCCCUCUUGCCCCUCCAAGUGCUGGCCCAGCACAGCCAGGCCGAGGUGAGCUUGCUGAGAUUCUGGUGGUGUCCCCGCAGGCCGGAAACCCACUCUGCUUGUUGGGACAGUCCAUUGCAGACUCCAUCUUGGUGGGUUUUCCCCCACCCAAGGACAGGAUUUCUGUGUGGACUGUGACCUGAAGAAAGGUAGCUCAGAACCUUUUGUGAAAUGCUGGGCUCCGAUGUGCGGCCUCCCAACCCUUCCCUGGAAACACCCACUCGGCAGAACUAGUUCCCUUCUGGGCUACAGCGAAGCCCGCUGGUCCGGGAGCCCCCGUUCCCAGAAGGGAUCCCCGGGGAGUGCUGGGACAUGGGGACGGGUUUAGCUGCCUGACAUGCCACGGUUCAGGGAUGGGCCUGACCAGUCCAAGACAAACAUUUUGAAGGUUGUUUUUUUUUUAAAUGUGUCCUCACACUUUUAUUUUUUCGUUUAUUUUUCCAUUUUAUUUAUUAAUUGGAUAGUGACAGAGAGAAAUUGAGAAGGGAGGGGGAGAUAGGGAAGGAGAGAGACUGAGAGACCACUCGUGAAGCUUUCCCCCUGCAGGCAGGGGCUAGGGCUUGAACCCAGGUCUUUGUGCGCUGUGACGUGUGCGCUUAACGCACGUGCAGGGACCCAGGUCUGAGCCCCCUCUCCCCUCCUGAAAGGAGGACACUUCACAAGCAGUGAAGCAAGGCUGCAGGAGUCUCUCUGCAAACCCCCCCGACCUAGCCUUACCUCGCUCCUUGAACCCCACGCCUGAAUUCGUGCAUGUGUGUGCAUGGCCACCUGGCCCCUCAUUUUCUUUUUAAAAUUUUUUCAUUAUAUUUAUUGGAUGAAGACGGUCAGAAAUUGAGAAGGAACAGGGGAUAGAGAGGGAGAGAGACAGAGAGACACCCGCAGCCCUGCUUCACCACUAUUGAAGCUUCCCCACUGCAGGUGGAAACCGGGGGCUAGAACCCGGGUCCUUGCUCACUGUAACAUGUGUACUCAGCCACGUGUGCUACCGCCCGGCCCUCAGUUUUCUUUUUCUUAAGCUGGCAAGGGAAGUGUGUUGUCACCUUCCACCUGGCCCCCGCAUAAUCCUCGUCCUUGAAGAGAAAGGCCAGGACAGCGGAAGGAAAGUGAACAGAAGUUAAUAGAUCAGUCCCUGGGUUAGUGGGAAGCAGUCAAAAGGGAGAGCUGGGAAGACGCGUGGAGAUUAAGUUUCCUGUGCAACAACCCACUCAUGCACUCAAAGCGAGCCGUCACCACAGUGAGUCAGCUGGGGGGUUCUGACAAAGACGUGCUUGUGAGCAGCCCGGCAGCUGUGUGGAGCAGAGACAAAGAGGAGUCCUGCAUCGCUCAGCUUCUCGUUCUCCACAGAAGCAGCUCGGCGGGCCCAGGUCCCUUCUCUGGGAAAUACAGCAGUCCAGAGGGACUGAUGGCGAGUCAAGUGGGCCAGGUGGUGGCCACCUAGCUGAGCACACACAUCACCACGUGCAGGGACCCAGGUCUGAGCCCCCUCUCCCCUCCUGAAAGGAGGACACUUCACAAGCAGUGAAGCAAGGCUGCGGGAGUCUCUCUGCCCCCUCCCCCGACCUAGCCUUACCUCGCUCCUUGAACCCCACGCCUGAAUUCGUACCCCUUGGCCCAGUGCUGUGCGCUGGUCCCCUCUGGAAGCCCACAGGCUCAAAACAUACAGGCAGCCGGGUCCCAGCGUCUCUGCCGGCCUCGAACAUUCUUGCUUGACACUGGUGUCUCCCGUGUGUUUUUAUCUCUUGAUGUCCCAGCUGCAGAUGAAUUUCUUUGUACCUAAUAAACUUUACUGAGUGGAAACAC